AUGGGAAAAUUAAAUGUUACAUUAUUGCGGUACAUGAACCAUGAGGAAAUGAGGGUUCUCACUGCAGUCGAAAUGGGUAUGAAAAACCACGAACUAGUUCCGGGACCUUUAGUGGCAGCCAUCUCAAAUUUAAAACAUGGAGGAGUGCACAAAAUCUUAAGGGAUCUAUGUAAAAAUAAACUUUUGACUUAUGAAAGAGGAAAACAUUAUGAUGGAUAUAGAUUAACCAAUUCAGGAUAUGAUUAUUUAGCAUUAAAAACCUUAACAUCUAGAAAUGUGAUACACGAUUUUGGAAAUCAAAUCGGUACUGGAAAGGAAUCUAAUAUAUUUGUUGUUUUAGAUGAAGAGAAAAAUUGUUUUUGUUUAAAACUUCACAGGUUGGGUCGAACUUGCUUCAGAAACGUUAAAGAAAAAAGAGAUUAUCAUAAACAUAGAAAAACAGCUUCAUGGAUAUAUUUGUCUAGAAUUUCGGCAACCAAAGAAUAUGCUUACAUGCAAGCUCUAUAUGGAAGAGGUUUACCAGUUCCUCGUCCUGUCGAUUUCAACAGACAUUGUGUCGUUAUGGAAUUAGUCAAUGGAAGGCCUUUAAGCCAGUUACACGAUGUUCCAAAUGUUGAAGAGCUUUAUGAUGAUUUAAUGAAUUUGAUCAUCAAAUUUGGAAAUUUGGGUGUCAUCCAUGGAGAUUUCAACGAGUUCAACAUUAUGAUCACAGAUGAGGGAAAACCUAUUAUAAUUGAUUUUCCCCAAAUGAUUUCUACACUUCAUCCAGAAGCAGAAACCUAUUUUAAUAGAGAUGUAGAUUGUAUAAAACAUUUUUUUCGUCGAAGGUUCAACUACGAAAGCUAUCUUUGUCCUUCUUUUAAGGAUGUCUUACGGGAAGAUACUUUGGAUGUAGAAGUUUCGGCAAGCGGUUUUACAAAAAAAAUGGAGUUAGAUCUAUUGAAUAAGGACUUUGAUUCCAUCAGUUUAAGUGACGAAGAACAAGAUAAUGAUACAACAGGUUACGAUAAUUAUGAUUGUACAGGCGAAACAAGUGAAGAAUUUUAUUCUUGUGAUGAAACAGAAAAUGAUUUUGAAUUACCUUCUAACGAACGCGUAGAAAUCGAAACACUUCCAAACAGUGACUGCAUCUCUAGUAAUUCUGAAAUAUUGACUUGUAAUUCCACGAUAAGAAGCUAUUCGACUUGUAGUACUAUCGCUCCUGAAGUGAUUAAAAAUAAAGUUAAAAAAGCGUUAAUGAAUCGUGAAAAAAAAGAACUUAGAAAAAGAAUUGUAGCUAAAGGUGAAGCCUCUGCUACAACUAGAAUAAGAAGGGAAAAUAGGGAUACAAUAAAAGAAUGUGAUGGCAUUUGGGGAUGGGAAUAA